CUCACUUUACCCUGUUUCUGAGCUCUGAUGGGUUUAUCACCUCCCUGUACCCCACUUACCGUUCCCUCCUUGUUGAAGGCAAGUUUGUGGUGUCCUUCCCUCGUUUCUUUUGCCGAUGGAUGUUAAGCUGGGCUCUUCCUCAUUGUUUGGGAUUGUGUCCUCUAGUGCUUGCCUGCUGCUGUUUAAAACCUGUUCUGCCUGCUCCUCCUGGCCUUCUAGUAUGUGGGAUGCAGGAGUCCUGGCUCUUCUGAGCUGGGCUGCUUCUGUUUGAUCCUUACCUAAGCGUGGAGCAUGAAAUGAGCUGUGGGAGAGGCUGCUGCGGGGAGGCUGUUUACCUCAAGCCUCCAUGCUCUGUAGCUGGAUCUGUUCUGUGACCUGUCUCUCUCAUGCUGCCCUUGAAUGUUUUCCACAGCACAUGCUGCUCUGCAGGUGCUGGAACUUCCUUCUGUUCCCCCAUUCCGUUCCAGCAAGCUGCUUAUCAGGCACUCUUUUGAAAACUCUGUUCAUAUUUCAUCCUCACAAUUAUUCAGCAACUAUAAAAGGGAAAAAUUCCUAUUUAUAGCCCAAGGACCAGCAUCAAAUAGGACACUGAAUUCUCGCUGAUAGAGGAAGUGACCUGUUCUCUAAUGCAGAGAUAUUUCUGCUGAAAAGAAACAGCCUCUUGGAUGGGGGAGGGCUGAGAAGCUUUGGGCCAUCUCUUCCCAUUAAAAAUGUGCUGCAGUCCUAAAAAUACAGUAUCUGCCCUUCUCCCCUCCUCGUGGAGCCAUCUGUGACAAUGAGAUUGCAGAAAAACCUUUUACUGUGCCUUUGUGGGUAGUAAGAAUGAGCCCACUGACUCCUGAGGGUCUGCUUUGGAGCUGGGCUUGUGUUUCUGCUCCAUACCUGAUCUCUGACCUUGACUUUGGAGGGAGAAGUCACUGCAACGCUUACCUGCUGUGGGCAAGCAGCACACAAAGCCCUUGUGUGUAGAGUUUGUACCAUCAUGGUGCACAGGGGCACAGCCCUGAGAGGGAAAGAGCAGAGGGGCUGAGGAACAAAGAACUUGUGCAGAGCAGUGCAUGGAGGGGGUGCAAAGGGGGAAGAGCACCAGGGACACGGGUGGGAACGGCUGUGGAUAAGGUGAGUGCCUGUUUUGCCUGAGCCUGCUUCCCAUGACUGCCUCUGCCCUCCCUUCCAGGUAGGUUAAGCCACAAAGCUGUCCCUAGCCUUCGCCUGCCACUACUCCCUGUUGUCACCAUGUCCUUCCCCUGCUCUUUAGGAAGAGCUGCAGUGGAUGAUACCAAGCGAGGCUCUGGGAGGUGGAGGACCAGAGGAUGGGAUUCCCCUUCCUGUCGCUGUGGCAACCGCGGCGAAGGGAAGGGAAGCAGCAGUGGGGUGUGAUGGGGAGGCUGCGGAGGCAGGGCCGGGCUGACAUCACGCCGGGAGGUGGCGCAGAGGGAAGCGGAGUGGGAAAGGGAGAGCCAGGGAGACUGCGGAGGGAAGAGCUGCAGCGGGAGUGGGCUCCGCGGAGAGAGCGGCGGAGGCAGCGCCCGCCGGGAGCCGGAGUCAUCGGAGCGACCCUCGCCGUGACAGGACACCGCUGAGUGUCAGCCGCCGCCAUGGGCUCCGAGCGGGACUCCGAGUCGCCGCGCUCCUCGUCCAUCCACUCGGCCGCCGCCAAGUGCCCGAAGCCCGGCCGCCGCCGCCGCCUCUCCUUCCAGAGCGUCUUCUCCGCCGCCGCCGCCUCCGCCGCGGGCGGCCGCCGCCGCGCUAAGGCCGAGCCGCCUCCCGCCGCCCCGCCGCCGCCUCCCGCCGCCCCGCCGGUCCCGCCGCCUCCUCCGCCGCCGCCGCCGCCACCUCCGCCGCCCGCCGAGGAAGCGCCGGUGGUCCCAGAGGGCGGCGGCGAGGAGGAGCUGGAGUGCCCGCUGUGCCUGGUGCGGCAGCCGGCGGAGAACGCCCCGCGCCUGCUGUCGUGCCCGCACCGGUCGUGCGGGGCCUGCCUGCGGCAGUACCUGCGCAUCGAGAUCACCGAGUCCCGCGUCAACAUCUGCUGCCCCGAGUGCAGCGAGCGACUCAACCCCGCCGACAUCCGCCGCCUCCUCCGCGACUCGCCGCACCUCGUCGCCAAGUACGAGGAGUUUAUGCUGCGCCGCUGCCUCGCCGCCGACCCCGACUGCCGCUGGUGCCCGGCCCCCGACUGCGGGUACGCGGUCAUUGCCUACGGCUGUGCCAGCUGCCCCAAGCUGACCUGCGAGAGGGACGGCUGCCACACGGAGUUCUGCUACCACUGCAAGCAGAUCUGGCAUCCCAACCAGACCUGCGACAUGGCCCGCCAGCAGCGGGCACAGGCGCUGCGGGUGCGCACCAAGCACACGUCAGGCCUCAGCUACGGGCAGGAGUCCGGCCCAGCUGAUGACAUCAAGCCGUGCCCGCGCUGCAGCGCCUACAUCAUCAAGAUGAACGAUGGGAGCUGCAACCACAUGACGUGUGCUGUGUGCGGCUGCGAGUUCUGCUGGCUCUGCAUGAAGGAGAUCUCGGACCUGCAUUACCUCAGCCCCUCUGGCUGUACAUUCUGGGGCAAAAAGCCAUGGAGUCGUAAAAAGAAGAUUCUCUGGCAGCUGGGCACGUUGAUCGGAGCUCCUGUGGGCAUCUCCCUCAUCGCUGGCAUUGCCAUUCCUGCUAUGGUCAUUGGCAUCCCUGUGUACGUUGGGAGGAAGAUCCACAGCAGGUAUGAGGGAAAGAAAACCUCUAAGCACAAGAGGAACUUGGCCAUUACUGGUGGGGUCACCUUGUCUGUCAUUGCCUCUCCAGUCAUCGCUGCUGUCAGUGUUGGUAUUGGAGUCCCCAUCAUGCUGGCUUACGUGUACGGUGUGGUGCCCAUCUCCCUGUGCCGGGGCGGUGGCUGUGGGGUCAGCACUGCCAACGGCAAGGGGGUGAAAAUCGAGUUUGAUGAAGAUGAUGGACCCAUCACAGUGGCUGAUGCCUGGCGAGCCCUGAAGAACCCCAGCAUUGGGGAGAGCAGCAUCGAGGGGCUGACCAGCGUGUUGAGCACCAGCGGCAGCCCCACCGAUGGGCUCAGCGUGAUGCAGGGCAACUACAGCGAGACGGCCAGCUUCGCCGCGCUCUCGGGGGGCACCCUCAGCGGGGGGGUGCUCUCAGGAGGCAAGGGCAAGUACAGCAGGCUGGAAGUUCAGGCAGAUGUCCAGAAGGAGAUUUUCCCCAAAGACUCUGUCAGCCUGGGGGCUAUCAGCGACAAUGCCAGCACUCGAGCCAUGGCUGGUUCCAUCAUCAGCUCCUACAACCCCCAGGACAGGGAGUGCAAUAACAUGGAGAUCCAGGUGGACAUCGAAGCCAAACCAAGUCACUACCAGCUGGCCAGCAGCAGCAGCACAGAGGACUCUCUGCACGUCCACACCCAAAUGGCAGAGAAUGAGGAAGAGGAGGAGGACGGGGAGCAGGAGCAGACGUGCAAACACCAAAGCUGUGAGCAAAAGGACUGCAUUGCCAGCAAAACCUGGGACAUCACCCUGGCCCAGCCCGAGAGCAUCCGGAGCGACCUGGAGAGCUCCGACAGCCAGUCGGACGAUGUGCCGGACCUUACCUCGGAUGAGUGCGAGUCCCCCCAGCCCCAGCCUGCAGCAACCUGCCCCCAGAGCCCAAGUGCCCCCCUGAGCCACUGUGCCCAAGCCGAGGGCUGCAGGCUGGAUGACAUGGUCAAGCUGGAGUGCAUCGAAGCCCGGGUGUGAGGUGGCCUCCUGCCGACAAGCCCUCUGGCAUUGCAUCUUUGUGGGGCAGGCUUGUGUCCGUGUUGGCUUCUGUCUGCGAGUCUCCAGUGGCUCCCCAGCCCCCCCCAGGGGGAGCUGCUGUUUCGUACAUGACAAAAAACAAAGAAAAAGGAAAAAAAAAAAAAGAAACAAAAAAAGCCUAAUCCCCACCCCCUCUUUUUGUUUUAAUUUAUUGGUCCAAGCUCUGUGAGGUGUGUAAGAGUGUAAAUAUGUACGUGUGUCUGUACGUCUGCAAAUAUCCUAAGGGACUAUUGGAAUAAAGCCUCUGGUUGUCAUUCGA